AAGCCCACCCAGAGUUCGGCGUCACUGUCGGGAACCGGAGAGGGAGCCUUCGGCAAGCUCGGCACUCGCUUCUUCCCCUUAUCAGGACCUGCACGGACGGGCGAUGGAGUUUCCGGACCUCGGGGCUCACUGUUCGGAGCCGAGCUGUCAGCGCUUGGAUUUUCUGCCGCUCAAGUGCGAUGCCUGCUCGGGCAUCUUCUGUGCAGACCAUGUGACCUACGCCCAGCACCACUGUGGAUCUGCUUACCAAAAGGAUAUCCAGGUACCGGUAUGCCCCCUCUGUAAUGUGCCUGUGCCUGUGGCCAGAGGGGAGCCCCCUGACCGGGCUGUGGGAGAGCACAUUGACAGAGACUGUCGAUCUGAUCCAGCACAGCAAAAACGCAAGAUCUUCACCAAUAAGUGUGAACGUUCUGGCUGCCGGCAGCGGGAGAUGAUGAGACUGACCUGUGACCGCUGUGGGCGGAACUUCUGCAUCAAGCACCGUCACCCUCUGGACCAUGAUUGCUCUGCGGAAGGGCACCCAACCAGCCAGGCUGGACUUGCUGCAAUCUCCAGAGCACAAGGUCCUGCUUCUACAAGCACUGUCCCCAGCCUAAGUUGGACCUGGCCUUCCUCUACCUCUCCCAACAGAGCCACAAUCCAGUCUUCAUCCCGGACAGCCCCUCCAGUGAUUGCUUUGCAGAAUGGCUUGGUGAGUUGGGCAGAGAUUGGACAGAAGGAAAGCCAGGCAGAAAGUAAAGUCCAAGGAAACUGUUGGUUUUCUUUCUUCCUUUGCAGAGUGAAGACGAGGCUCUGCAGCGGGCCCUGGAACUAUCCCUGGCAGAGACCAAACCCCAGGUCCCAAGUUCUCAGGAAGAAGAAGACUUGGCUUUAGCACAAGCACUAUCAGCCAGUGAGGCAGAAUACCAACGGCAACAGGGUACAUAGGAAGAAGAGGUGCAGAGCAGCCUGGAGUGCAAAGACAAGCAAGAGUGAAGUGGAGGCCACCCCAGGGGGCAUCAGGAGAAAGCUUGCCAAAUUGAGCCUAUGAAAGGCCCUGCUAGCUCUUCGGCUACAGGGAGAGUGGCUGAGAACCAUUUCCUGGUUGGGCCCUGGUGGGUGCUGGCCAGGCGUCACUCCUGGCCCCCUUCAUUAUGUUACCCCCCUUACCCUGGGACUGCCACAUGUAGCAGGCAGGGAGGGGCCUGGAAAGAAUAAAGAUCUUGGCAGUUAGCAAGACAUCCGAGUAGUGUGUUUC